AUGGCUAAAGAGGUCCCCAUCCCGGGGCCCAAGGGCGUGCCUUUCUUCGGCAAUAUCUAUGACAUUGAACAAGAGCUGCCCACCAGGAGUUUUGAGCUGCUGGCUGACAACUACGGACCAAUCUUCCGACUCACCACAUUCGGCACCCCACGUGUCUUCAUCAGCUCCCACGAGCUAGUAGACGAGGUCUGCAAUGAAGAGCGAUUCACCAAGAUCGUCACUGGAGGGCUGAACCAGAUCCGCAACGGCGUACACGAUGGUCUCUUCACGGCCAAUUACCCCGGCGAGGAGAAUUGGGCCGUCGCUCACCGUGUAUUGGUGCCGGCGUUUGGCCCGCUGAAUAUUCGCGGCAUGUUCGAUGAGAUGUAUGAUAUCGCUAGUCAGCUCGUGAUGAAAUGGGCGCGCCAAGGGCCCAAUGCCCCCAUCACCGUCACAGACGACUUUACCCGCUUGACUUUGGACACGAUUGCGCUGUGCGCCAUGGGAACACGGUUCAAUUCGUUCUAUCAUGACGAGAUGCAUCCAUUCGUCGAGGCCAUGGUUGGCCUGCUGUCUGGGUCGGGGACUAGGGCGCGUCGUCCCGCUCUGCUCAAUAACCUGCCUACCAGCGAGAAUGCUAAGUACUGGAAUGAUAUCACUUUCCUGCGCAACCUGGCCCAGGAGCUGGUGGAGUCGCGCAAGAAUAACCCCGAGGAGAAAAAGGAUCUUCUCAACUCGUUGAUUCUGGGCCGCGAUCCGCAGACGGGUCAGGGACUUACGGAUGGUUCGAUUGUGGAUAAUAUGAUCACUUUCCUGAUUGCCGGUAUGGACCCUCCUCACUUUCGAUAUCUAACAGGGCUGACGGAGACUACCAUAGGCCACGAAACAACAUCUGGCAUGUUGUCGUUCCUUUUCUACUAUCUACUCAAGAAUCCCCAUGCAUACCAAAAAGCACAGGAGGAAGUUGACCGUGUCAUUGGGCGUCGCAAGAUCACCGUCGAAGACAUGUCCAAGCUCCCCUACAUCACAGCCGUGAUGCGCGAGACUCUGCGUUUGAGCCCGACUGCCCCGAUGAUUGCCAUGCAUGCCCAUCCUGACAAGAACACCGAAGACCCCGUCAAACUGGGUGGUGGCAAAUACGUCUUGCACAAGGACGAGCCGAUCGUCCUCAUGCUGGGCAAGAUGCAGCGCGAUCCGCAGGUUUACGGGCCCGACGCGGACGAGUUCCGGCCGGAGAGAAUGCUGGACGAGAAUUUCGAAAAACUGCCCAAGAACGCCUGGAAGCCGUUUGGCAAUGGCAUGCGAGGAUGCAUUGGCCGCCCCUUCGCGUGGCAGGAGGCUCUGCUCGUGAUUGCUAUUCUGCUCCAGAACUUCAAUUUCCAGAUGGACAAUCCUAGCUAUGAUCUGCGGAUCAAGCAGACCCUCACCAUCAAGCCUAAGGAUUUCCAUAUGAAGGCCACUCUCAGAGAGGGACUGGAUCCGACACAGCUGAGCGUCACCCUUAGCGGGAGUGCGGGUGCUGCCCCGGCUACAGGCGCAGCCAGCCGGGACCGGAAACCCAAGGCGACAUCUGUAGCAGGCGCCAAGUUGAAGCCCAUGCACAUCUUUUAUGGAAGUAACACGGGCACCUGUGAAGCAUUUGCUCGGAGAUUGGCUGAUGAUGCUAUUGGCUACGGCUACUCGGCCGCAGUCAGCUCACUCGACUCGGCGAUGAAGAACAUUGCCAAGAAUGACCCUGUGGUCUUUAUCACGGCCUCGUAUGAGGGGAACCCACCCGAUAACGCUGCCCACUUCUUUGAGUGGCUCAGUUAUCUCAAGGGCAGUGAUCUGGAUGGAGUCAAUUACGCAGUCUUUGGCUGUGGACACCAUGACUGGGCCUCCACGUUCCAUCGCAUCCCUAAAGCAGUAAACGGAUUGAUUGCGGAGAAUGGAGGAAACCGACUUUGCGACAUUGGUCUGGCCGACGCAGCCAACUCCGACAUGUUUACCGACUUCGACAGCUGGGGAGAGAGGGCAUUCUGGCCCAGCAUCACAGCUAAAUUCGGCGGGACCGGUCCAGACCCAAACUCCAAGUCGAAAUCGUCUCUCCACGUAGACGUGAGCUCCGGAAUGCGGGCUUCUACCCUCGGCCUGCAACUGGAAGAAGGUUUCGUGGUUGAGAACAGACUUCUGACGCAGCCUGGAGUCCCCACUAAGCGGAUGAUCAGAUUCAAGCUACCGUCGGAUAUGACCUACCAAUGUGGCGACUAUCUCGCUAUUCUGCCCGUGAACCCGCACUCUGUCGUCCGUCGCGCAAUCCGCCGCUUCGAUCUACCCUGGGAUGCCAUGCUGCGCAUUCAAAAGACAUCGCAGACCUCAACAGCGCCACCAUCAAUCCCCCUCGACACACCCAUAUCAGCCUUCGACCUGCUCUCCACCUACGUGGAACUGUCCCAGCCAGCCUCAAAGCGUGACCUCAACAUCCUUGCCGACGCCGCCAUCGGAGAUGCAGAAACCCAAGCCGAGCUGCGGUACAUGGCGUCCAGUCCAAGCCGCUUCACAGACGAGAUCGUCCGGAAGCGCGUGAGCCCGCUGGAUCUGUUAACACGCUACACAGCCAUCAACCUCUCCAUCGGCGACUUCCUCGCCAUGCUCCCGCCAAUGCGUGUGCGCCAGUACUCCAUCUCCUCCUCGCCGCUGGCCGAUCCGUCUGAAUGCUCCAUCACCUUCUCCGUGUUGAACGCCCCCGCGCUAUCGGCCCCGCCAGUGCAAGACAACGAAGCCAUCGAGCAGUACAUGGGCGUUGCAUCGACAUACCUCUCCGAGCUCCAGCCCGGCGAACGCGCCCACAUCUCCGUCCGCCCAUCACACUCGGGCUUCAAGCCACCCGUCGAUCUCCAAACACCGAUGAUCAUGGCCUGCGCGGGGAGCGGCCUCGCCCCGUUCCGAGGGUUCGUAAUGGACCGCGUGGAGAAGAUCCGCGGCCGACGCAGCAGUUCCUCUUCUGAAGACGAAAAACCCGCCACGGCAGUCCUGUACAUUGGCUGCCGCACAAAGGGCCAAGAUGAUAUCCACGCCGCAGAGCUAGCUCAGUGGGCCGAAGAAGGCGCCGUCGAUGUGCGCUGGGCGUACAGCAGGCCUGCAGACAAAACGCCGGGCCAGCAUGUCCAGGAUCUGAUGCUGGAGGACAAGACAGAGAUCGUCCAACUCUUUGAGCAGGGCGCGAGGAUCUAUGUCUGUGGAAGUACUGGGGUUGGUGGCGCGGUGCGUGCUGCCUGCAAGGAAAUCUACCUGGAAAAGAGGCGCGAGAGCCUGGCUAGGGCGAAGGAGACUGGCGAGGAGGUACCCAAUGCGGAGCUAGAUGAGGAGGCUGCCGCAGAGAAGUUCUUUGAGAAGUUGAGGACUAAGGAGAGGUAUGCUACUGAUGUGUUUACGUAG